GGAUACACAGCUUUACAUUUGGCUGCUGAGGAGGGACAUCUACAGACCACAAGAUGUCUGGUAGAACAAGGAGGUGCCAGUCCCUUGGUUACAACACAUGAGGGUAAAACUCCAUAUGAUCUGGCAGCAGCAAAACUGAAGUUUAAUCCAAGAUGCAAAGAAGUAGUGGAAUACUUACAGACUGUCAUGUCAGAGAAAUCUUCAGGUGUGACUGCUGGACAAGGGAGAGAAGAAAAAGUUAUAAUUACAGAUCCAAUCCACACACAGACAAAGUCUGCUAUGUUAAACAGGUUACUUGGCAGUGGAACGUAUGUUUCCUAUGACAUGCGCUGUAUGGUAACAGGCCAGUUCGCGGUCGGAAAAUCUAGUCUUGUCAAGCUCUUAGCUGGUGAUGUCGUCCCAGAAGGAAGACAUCCUACCGAUGGGAUUUCCCUACUGGAAGGUCGCUGUGGCCUUGAUGUAGAGACUAGAAGCUGGAUUUAUAUUGAUCCAGAAACGUAUGACGCUUUAGAUGUUGUUUACAAUAAGGUUUUGAUGACUUCAGUAGAAGAGGAUGAAAGAAAAGAAGAAAAAACACCAAAGAAACCACAUUUACCAGAUUCAAACCUUGUUAGAAGUGAUGGUAAAGUGAUGACCGCUGGUCCCUCCCAACAGCCUCUAGCAGCCAAACCUUUGUCACCUCAAACAUCUGACAGUGUCUCCAAGAGAAUACCAGAGGUAAAAACACACAUGAAAUCGAAAAUGACAAAAGAAGAAAUAAGAAAGAGAAUGGAAAAAGUCCUCAAAAGUGGAAACUACAAGAUGAAAGUUGGAAGACUGAUUUUUUGGGACUUUGGUGGACAGUAUGUUUAUUAUACGACACACCAAACCUUCAUGACGUUCAGAGCUUUGUUUCUUGUGGUAUUCGACGGAAGCAAAGGAUUACAUGAACUGGUCCCAGAUGUUCUGUGUUUUCCAGGGCAGCACAUGACACCAACCCCAGCAGUAUUCCUUCAACAUUGGGUAAACUCUAUUCUAACAUAUUGUAAGGUGGUAUAUGUAGGCAUUCCGAAGAUCUUAUUUGUUGCCACUCACAAAGACAAAAUACCAGUGGAGGAUGUGGAGUCCAGGCGUGAGGAGUUGUACAAUGGAGUAGAGGAAUUGUUCAAGGACCACGAAGGACGAAACCAUCUUGUCCUAACACAACGGAUAUUUGUCAAUGCAAGGGAUAACACAGAUACAGAAAUUGAAGUCCUGAAGAAAGCCAUCACAGAACUUACAUUUGAACAUCCUUGUUGGGGGGAGAAGAUGCCCAAUGCGUGUGUUCCCCUUGAACUCGAGAUUGCAGAGCUGGUGGCAGAAGGAAAACAAAUCUUGUCAUUUAAGGAUGUAGAAGAAUUGAAUGCUAUAAGCAAGGUGUCUGUAUUGUCCCCAGACCAACUCAAAGAUUUCCUAAAUUUCCACCACUCCUUGGGGAAGAUUGUGUACUUUGAUACUCCACAACUUAAAGAUUUCGUAAUCAUCAACCCCUUACUCAUGGUGGAGGUUAUGAGGUCCUUUGUGACAGAUAAAGUAUUUUGGCCAGAGGAAAAGAAAAUUCAUGAAACUUUUAAAAGAAUGUCAAAAUAUGGGACCAUAAGACGGGAAGACCUCUACCUAAUCUGGGAGCAAAAAGAUUUCAGUGCAAUAUUGCCAUACAAAGAGUUUAUAUUUAACAGCUUGAUUUAUUUAGAUAUCCUAGCAGAGCAACGGAGAUAUGAUACAUCUACAGGAAGUCGGUUACCAGUGGAAAACUUCUUUGUUCCCUGUAUGGUUACAGAGAGAAAUACCACCAACUUCAUGGACAAAGAAUGUACACCAGAGAGAGCUAUAUGCUUAGCAUUUUUAUUUAAAGGCACUAUUAUACCACCAGCCCUACCAAAUCGUCUGAUCAGUGCAUGUCUUAGCAUGUGGACUCUGAAGCAGUAUGAAGGGAGACAACUCCUGUUCUCAGGAUUUAUUGGUUUAUCAUUUGACAAAUCACAUGACAUCGUUGUAUGCGUUGAGGGCAACAAGAUUCUCCUUUUCAUCAUUCACAGAACCUCCUCCGGGUUAAUCGUACCUGAUAUAGCUACAGGUGUUAAAGAAUGCCUGGUUGUAACAAUGGAAAGAAUCUCAGAUUUCUACCACUCCACAGUCCAUGCAAAACGCAGCCAACAAUCGCCAUUUCACAUUGAAUAUUCAUGUUCAAAUUUAAAAUGCUUCAUCAGUGCAGAAGAAGCCAAGCAGACCAAUGGAUGGAUUUGUGACAAACAUAACCAAACACACAAAAGAAGACACUGGCAUGUUUGGAAUCAAGAUCAGACAAAAGAACAGUGUGAAGAGGAAUGUCAAGGUAAAUAUUGUAACACUUCAAAAUAA